AUGAUAGUCGGCGGGCCGGAAGGUGGAAACUUAGCAAACACUCGAAAGGCCUGGGCUCGACAGCUAUAUGUUGGGACAGUGUACGGGCGCGAGGAGAAUUCUAAGAAGGCGUGCCGAGAGCCUAUCAUUUUCACCGAUAGAGAUUUACCGGCUGGAGAGACGCCGCAUCGAGACGCAUUGGUUAUAGCCAUGGAUAUCAAGGGGGUAGUCGUUCGCCGAAUCCUGGUCGAUACCGGGAGCAGCGUCAACGUGCUAUACCUGGAGACCUUCAUUAAAAUGGGGUUGACCCGAGAACAGCUAAAUCCCGUGAAAACACCACUCGCCGGUUUUACGGGGGAUUCGGUAGAGGCCGAAGGAUCCAUCACUCUACCAGUUGAGAUUGGCAGUUACCCAGACGUUCAGAAACUCAGUAUGAAAUUCAUCGUGGUCCAUGAGAUCACGGAGAGGCCCCCAAAGAAGACAAUGAUACCUCGCCCUGAGCCGGCUGUUGAAUUGGAGGAAGUCGAGAUUGAUCCUGGGCAACCGGACAGGCGAGUCCGAAUUGGAAUCGGUCUCCCUCAGGAAGUGAGAGAAGAAAUCAUAAAAGUGCUCCGGGAACACCGGCUGGUUUUCGCCUGGGGUCCAGAGGACAUGCCCGGUGUCGAUCGAUCCAUUAUAUCGUACCGACUCGCCGUAGAUCCCGGGCAUCGACCAGUCGUACAAAAGAAGCGGUACCUGGCCAACGAUCGGAAAGAAUUCGUAAAAAAGGAGAUACAAUCUCCGGUUGAAUCCCAAGAAGUGGCUUUCGCCGUGCAAGGUGGAAAGUUCUUGGGCUAUAUGGUCACAAAGCGAGGUAUUGAGCCUAACCCUGAGAAGGUGCAGGCCAUCAUCGACAUGCAGCCUCCCAGCACCGUAAAAGACCUGCAACGGUUGACUGGCCGACUGGCCGCCCUUAGCCGCUUCCUGAGCAAAGCAGCGGAUAAGACUGUGCCUUUCUUCGAGGCCAUGAAGAAGAAGAAGGAAGGAUUUGCUUGGACCACCGAGUGUCAGCAGUUGUUCGAAGAGUUGAAACAAUAUCUUUCAACACCUCCGGUAUUGUCUACUCCCCAGGCAGGCGAGCCCUUAUUUUUGUACUUAGCCGCCUCCUCUAAGGCGGUGAGUUCGGUGCUAGUCCGAGAAGAGGAACGCGUUCAGCACCCGGUCUAUUACGUAAGCCGCUCUCUGAAGGCCGCCGAGUUGCGGUAUACCGGUCUGGAGAAGAUUGUAUAUGCGUUGGUGAUCACCGUGCGCAAGUUAGCGCCUUACUUCCAAGCCCACACCGUACGAGUGCUGACUGACCAACCGCUCGGGAGCGUCUUAAGAAACCCUUCGUCGUCCGGCCGACUGGUGAAAUGGGCCGUUGAACUAACCCAGUAUGGGAUCGAAUACCAACCCCGACCUUCCAUAAAAGGUCAAGCCUUGGCCGACUUCUUGGUCGAGUGCACGGCGAGCGAAGAAGAGAAGGAACACGCCACUGAGACCAAUUUAGGCGAGUGGUGGGAAAUGCACGCGGACGGAGCUUCGAGUCGACAACAUUGCGGGGGUGGAAUUAUGCUCAUCACCCCGGAGGGAUUCCGACUGUACUACGCCUUAAGCUACUUGUUCCCGACAUCCAACAACGAAGCCGAAUACGAAGCUGUGCUAAAUGGUCUCCGACUCGCCAAGACCUUAGGAGUCGAGCGAUUGAGAAUCAAGACUGACUCCAGGUUGGUAGUUGGGCAGAUCUCCGGCGCGUGUGAGGCUAAGAACCCGCGGAUGACUUUAUAUAAAGAGUGGGCGGUCGAGAUGUUAAAAGAGUUUGGAGCCUACGAAAUAGAAUAUAUCGCCAGGGCAGAAAACGUAGAAGCCGACAUAUUGUCUAAGAUUGCCUUGGAGGGAGUACCGGACAACCUUGUGAAGAUCUGCCAGAAGGAGGAGCUGGAUCGAUCGAGUAUCGAGGAAACAACACUAGAAGUCCAGCAGGUGACUGGCAAGGAAUGGGACAGGGAGAAAAACCCCGAGAUGUUCUGGAUAGAGGACAUUCGGCGAUUCAAAGAAGCAGGCGAAUUACCAGAAGAUCCGGGGGUCGCCACCAGGGUCCGACAAAAAGCCCCCUCUUUCGAAAUUGUUGAUGGACAACUGUACAAACGGUCAUUCGGAGGUCCUUUGUUGAGAUGCUUGCUCAGGCCCGAGGCCGAAGAAAUAAUGGACGAGGCUCAAAGAGGCAUCUGCGCUGCGCACCAGGGCGCCCACACGCUCGCCCGAAAGUUAGUCGUUCAGGGGUAUUAUUGGCCGACUAUGAUGCGAGAUUGCAUCGAGUGGAUAUUCAAGUGUGGCGUUUGCCAAGCGUUCGCCCGAAAGGACACUCGGCCGGCUACCUUCUACACGCCGGUCACCACGGCUAUUCCAUUUGCUAAGUGGGGAAUCGACUUGUUGGGGCCGCUACCAACAGCCCCUGGUGGCCUGAAAUUUUGUGUCGUAGCUAUCGACUACUUCACCAAGUGGGUUGAGGCUGAACCGUUGGCCACUAUCACCGAGUACCAAUGCCGACGCUUCCUAUGGAAGAGGGUGAUUUGCCGCUUCGGCUUGCCGGAGCAUAUUGUCAGCGACAAUGGGCGACAGUUCGACUGCCAGGCGUUUGCUGACUUCUGCCGCCGACACGAUAUCCGCCAUACCAAGGUAUCCGUGGCGUACCCACAGGCCAACGGGCAAGUCGAAAAUGUGAAUCGGACCAUAGUUGAUGGAAUCCGAAAGAAAUUGGAAGAUAUCGGAGGAAAUUGGGCGGACGAGCUUGACCGAGUCCUAUGGGCUUAUCGCACUACGCAGCGGCGAGCAACCGGAGAGAGCCCAUUCUCCCUCGCGUACGGCUUCGAAGCUAAGGUCCCAAUUGAAGUGGUCGAGCCCACUAACCGGGUCCGCACUUAUUCCGACACGGAGAAUGAAGAAAGUCUUCAGAUUGAGAAAAAUUUCCUAGAAGAGAGAAGGGAAGCCGCGAGUGCUCGGAUGGUCGAAUAUCAGCAAGCGGUGAAAAUAUAUUACGACCGGAGGAUUCGCCCACGAACCUUCCAGGUUGGCGACCUCGUCUUGCGAGACCGACAGGCGAGCCAGCCCACGGAAGGAGGCAAGUUCGCGGUAAAGUGGGAAGGACCCUAUCGCAUUGCCGCGGUGGUCCAGGCCGGCACUUACAAGCUUGAAACUCUGGAAGGCAAGCCCGUGGACCGAAUAUGGAAUGUCAUCCACUUGAAGAAAUUCUAUCAGUAG